UCCCUUGAUUGCAAGUGCAACACGAGAAGAAAACUCCCGCACAAAAUUUAAAGCCUCGUGACCUUCCGAGAGAGGGGGAGAAAUCAACGCCGAUACUUGAAAUGACCGGUCUAGUAAUGGUGACCAAAGGAUAUGUCUGUGGCGGCGGCAGCGGUGGGAAGGGAGGAGCUAAAGGAGUCAAGACCUGCGAGGAAGAGCAGCAGAACCAGAUAUCUGUUCUGGCGUUGCUCUUGGCUGCUUUGAGGAAAUCUAUGGUGUCUUGUCGCGUCGAUAGACAAGACGACGUAAUGCCUUCCACCACCGUUCAUCAUAUGGAAAUCGGCUGCCCAAACAACGUAAGACACGUCACCCAUGUUACCUUCGAUCGUUUCAAUGGCUUCUGGGGCCUUCCCGUUGAGUUCCAAGUUGAAAUCCCCAGUCGGGUUCCUAGUGCCAGUGCUAGUGUUUUUGGGGUCUCAGCGGAAUCAAUGCAAUGUUCCUUCGGUUCCAAUGGGAACAGCGUCCCCACUAUACUGUUGCUGAUGCAGGAGCGACUUUAUUCGCAAGGAGGAUUAAAGGCGGAGGGGGUUUUCCGGAUAAAUCCGGAGAAUGACCAAGAGGAGCAUGUAAGAGAUCAACUGAACAAGGGCAUCGUGCCCAAUAAUAUUGAUGUCCACUGUCUUGCAGGCCUUAUAAAAGCUUGGUUCCGAGAGCUUCCUUCAGGGGUUCUCGAUGGACUUUCCCCGGAAAAGGUUCUCAAAUGCAAUACUGAAGAAGAAUCCGUCGACCUGGUGAAGCAGUUAAAGCCUACUGAAGAUGCACUGCUCGAUUGGGCUGUUGGUCUUAUGGCGGAUGUUGUCGAGGAAGAGGAAUCGAACAAAAUGAAUGCGAGGAAUAUUGCUAUGGUUUUUGCUCCGAAUAUGACUCGGCUAUGGAGGCAUUACUUUCCUCGAAAUUGUAAGAAUCUUAUGAUGUGUUAGAUCCGGUAGAGAUGCGUUCAACUCUGGUUUUCUAUUGAGCAGAUGUCUGAUCCAUUGACGGCUCUGAUGCACGCUGUUCAAGUGAUGAACUUGCUCGAGACAUUGAUCAUCAAAACUCUAAGGAAACGCGAA